UGUGUGUACCUCUCAGUCGAGUUGGAUCUCUGGGCAUCAUGAAUGUUCGCAGUGCCAGCACGGAGGAAACUGAACGCUGAGCCUCAUCUGCUUCUCAACUCAGAUCACCAGUGCAAGUGUUCUGAGCUCCACUCACACGCAGCCAGCCAGCACGGAGUCACUUUGAGUGUGAGUGUGUGUGUGUGUGUGUGUGUGUGUGUUGGAAUGGCGUUUACAUUGUCGGAGAUCAUGGCUGCGCGACGGCAGCAGCAGUCUCAAAGAGGAGCGAGGGGAGCAGUAGAGGUGGACGAGUACAGCGCAAACCCUACUCAGGCCUUCACCUUCUACAACAUUAACCAGGGACGCUUCCAGCCUCCCCACGUCCAUAUGGUUGAUCCGUUACCCCACGACACCCCUAAGCCACCAGGCUACACUCGCUUUGUGUGUAUCUCGGACACACACUCGCGCACAGACACUAUUCAGAUGCCGUACGGCGACGUGUUGCUGCACGCAGGAGACUUCACUGAGCUUGGCUUGCCCAGCGAGGUGAAGAAAUUCAACGACUGGCUCGGCACCCUACCGUACGAGAUAAAGAUCGUGAUAGCAGGAAACCACGAGCUGACGUUCGAUCAGGAGUUCAUGGCCGAUCUGAUCAAGCAGGACUUCUACUACUUUCCCUCCGCCUCCAAGCUGAAGCCCGAGAACUAUGAGAACGUGCAGUCGCUGCUCACCAACUGCAUCUACCUGCAGGACUCUGACGUUACCGUCAGAGGUUUCCGCAUCUACGGCUCACCGUGGCAGCCGUGGUACUACGGCUGGGGUUUCAAUCUUCCUCGAGGGCAAGCACUGCUGGACAAGUGGAACCAGAUCCCCGACUCCACUGACAUUCUGCUCACACACUGCCCUCCUCUGGGUUUUCUAGACUGGGUGCCGAGGAAAAUGCAGCGUGUUGGCUGCAUGGAGCUGCUGAACACGGUGCAGAGAAGAGUCCAACCCAAAUUACAUGUCUUUGGACACAUACACGAAGGUUAUGGCAUGAUGACGGAUGGAACCACUACAUUUAUUAAUGCCUCCGCCUGCACAGUCAACUUUCAGCCCAUGAACCCGCCCAUCGUCUUUGACCUGCCCAAUCCCAGGAGCUCGUGAUUGAACUCAGCCCCGCCCCACACUUCCCAAAAUCAGGGUUCAUUUUUAAGUGUAUUUGGGUGCUCUUUUGUGUACAUAUUACAGAGAGAGAGGGAAAGAAAGAGAGAGUGAGAGAGAUGCUACUCUGGAAGAUUUGAAUCUGUCUUUGUGCCAUAUUCUGUUCUCAAAUCCUGACUUUGCUACUGCCUCAUUUACUGAGUGAUUCUCACGCUUUCAUUGCACUUGAAAUGUUGUGACAAUGCCUCUUGUUUGUUAAUGGUGGACACACACCGGGACAACCAUCAUAUGGACCGCGUAAGACGCGAAACUCUGGAAGCCCCAUAAGAACAUCUGACCUUUUAAUUACUUCACAUCGGAGAAGGUUAGAAAGGCCUGUGCGCUGAUCGGAUCUAAUCUGAUGUGAUCUGAUCUGACGCACGUGUCCAUUUCCAGCCUCGUUGUUCCCGAUCUAGUUCUUCAGUGCUGUACAGAGAGGACCUCCAAAUCAGACACUGAAAAUCUAAUGUACAGUUGCUGUUGUAUAAAAAAAGAAAGAGAAACAAUUCUCCAUUUCUAUGCUUCUGUUAUUUGUUUUAUUGUAAAACGUACGAUGUGAGUGAGUUUGUAGCAACACGUUUCUUUUUUGCCGAGUGCUUAUUAAAUAUGUCAUUAAGAUAUUUUAAUUCACUAUUUCUCAUCUGAAAAUGCUCAAAGUGCACUUUUUGUCUCACGAGAAUGCAUUGCUCUACAAGAUCGCGCCUAUAACAAUUUUUUUUUUUUUAACGUUCCUCCUACUUUCAUUGUUUACUUUCAUGUGUUUGACAGGUCUGAUUAUGGUUAUUGUUAUAUUUACAAUGAAAUAAAGUGGUCUUUUGUUUCGUCUUUUUUUUUUUUUAAACAUGGAUGAAUAAGUGUAUGAAUCAGACGAGCAUGUGUGAGAGAGAAUCGAGUCAAAAACGCUCUUCGAGUGGCCAGGAAGGAAAAUGUAGGGCCCUAGCUUGAAUAAAGAAAAGGAAGACAGAGAACAGCAUUUGGAUGAUUAUGUAAAGGCUUGGAGUCUGAAUUGGUGUGCCAUAUUGUUUUGUUUUUGUUUUUGUUUUUACCACAGUGCUGUUGAAUUCUCGAAUCUUGAUUGGUCAUUUCUAUAGUAACGACUUCCACAGGGACUCGUACGAUGGACGCUCUACAUAAAAGGACGGAUAAUUGAUGUGGUGAAGUUUUCUCUUUCUGAGGAGACAUUUAUUUAGCAUUCAUGGAAGGAAUUUUUAUUACGUUUAUUUUGUCUUAUUAACAUCGAGAGAGGGGAAAAGAGAGAGAGAGAGAGAGAGAGAGAGAGGCUGGUGAGGGAACAACUAUUUAUAGCUGCUAUAACAUAAGUGCUAAGAGGAAAUAACUUGUUUUGUGGACGUUUCAGGACAUGGAAUGUAACUGCUGUGAAAAGAGAUUCAGAGUACAACGUGUCGUUCUUUAAUUGGUAAAAGAUUGUAAUGGUUGAUAAAUCGCUGUGGUGCAUAUAAGAGAAAUAAAACACUCCAGGUUGCUUUGUUUCGAGCCACAUCACACCUCUUCGUCACUGAUUAUUUUCCUCUAACAGCACCCCGGUUUGUAUUUUACUCAAUUCCUUCCAUGUGUAUUUGACAGCACUUUUUGAAUAUGCGCACUUCAUUUCCUUCAAGUCCAGCUUUCUAAUUCGUCCUGCUCCUUCAACGAUUGUACCGUAUGUUUUGUUGUUGUUGUUUUUGUUGUUUUUUUUUUUGUCUUCUAUUUUUCAUACUGUUCUGAUAUUUCUAAGACAAUCUGCUGUGGUGUGCAUUAUUUGUGCUGAAUCUUGAUCUUGUUGUUGUUUUACUUUUUAACACUCAAAAGUCUUGACACUGAGAAAACAUUGUAAAAAAAAAAAAAAAAAAAAAAUCUUUCCUUUUCAUGAACAACCUGAUCCGCUCCCAUGUCGCCUUUUAGGCGUUUCUCGUAUUCUGACAUGGUGUAAGAUUGAAACGUUUCUCCGCUUUCUGUUGCAAUCAAAAGGAUCUGAAUUUCAUAUCAAUUAUUUGAGAAAACCUCAUUUACACAGGCACAAACCAUAUUCUCUCCUUCAUUCGGUCACCUCGCUCUUCCACACUUCUGCACAUCCUAAUGAAAUCCUUCAUUCAAAUAAUUACAUCAGUAAUCCUGCGGGAUGGAUUGUAAUUUAUUCCUAGCUGGCUUUUACUAUGCUAUUAAAGACUUCUCUCUCCUCGCCUGUCCUUUCUGCUCCUGUCCCUUCCUUCCCUUCUGUCUCUUGCUUAUUGUUUUCCUUUUCCUUGUUUAUUUAUUUAUUUAUUUAUGUUACCAUUUUUUAAUGCAAUCCAUUUUAUACACUUUCCAUCUCUGUAAAAGGCACCUGUUUCUUUCUUUAUAGCCUUUUUUUUUUUUCUGCUGAGAUGCCAUGCGCUGUCAGCCUCCACCUCUCUCUCUCUCACACACACACACACACACUCACGCACAAAUAAACAUCAUGCAUCAUCACGUCAAGCAUUUCAUAGCUUUAGAUGGGAACAAAGGGCCGGUUUAUACUGCGUGUGAGUGGUGUUAAAUGUCCCAGAACACACUGCCAGAUUCACUUCGAUGCUAUAGGAUGCCAGAAUCGUUGAGUAAUGCUGUGGAACAAACGUAUAGACGACCAGCACUGAUAGAAAGAAAAGCAUUAAGACAUACAUAAAAAUAUCAAAUGUUGUAUUUUUUAUUUUUUUUUGGUACGUCUGAAAAUGCCAUUGUUGUGACAGAGACAUUUGUUUUUGCAGGACACUUCUUUCCUGUCAUUACUUCCUGUCGUUUUUCAGCAAUGGAAGUACAUAGUGGGAAACUGUAUAUAAUUCUAUAUAUAUUGUAGGUUAUUUUCAGCAGUAGCUUAAGAAUCCAGAUACACCGUGACCCUAAUCAGGAAUGAAAAAAAUACAUAGUUUCUAGUUUCUUAAAUUGUUUGUGUGAGAGACUCGCAACAUUCAACGUUCUUUUUUUCUUUUCUUUUUUUUUCUUUUGCCAUGUUUAUUUUAUACAAGGAUUUUUGCCUUGUGUCAUGAUGGGUGCCAAUAAUUCUGGAGUGCAGUGUAUGAGUGCUGUAUAGUGCAUGCUGUCUUACAGAAAAGUCACACUAAUGUUACAUGAGAAUAUGGUGGUUUUUACACACAAUUACUUUAUUGUCCCAGAGGAUUCUUUAUGAUUCUUUUACAUGCAGUUUCUUUACUUAUGAUUCAUUUACUUUCAUCGGAUUUUUACAUGAUUCAUUUAUUUUCACGAUUUUUUUUUACCCAUGAUUCAUGUGUUUUCAUGUGUUUUAUUUACACAAUUCAUGUUUUUUCAUGUUUUUUUUACACAAUUCACGUAUUUUCAUGUGAUUUUUACAAUUUAUCUGCACGUGAUUUUUACACGAUUCAUUUAUUUUCACGUG